UUUCAUUUCAUUCUAUUUCUAACAAGCCAGGGCCAUGGAAUCUUAAACCGGCCACAGAAAAAAUAAUUAAAAAAAAAUAAUAAUAUAUAAUGGACCUCAUUACCCGAACGGUCCUGAAAACAAAAUGUUGGUGUCUAAUAAUAAUUAUAGUUUCCUCCUUGGGCCGGAUCAAAACAACACCGUCGCAGUAUGCCCAACUGGACAUAAAUGUCGUACUUACAAAGGUGGAUAAUGAAUAUUUGGUGCAUUUCACCAAUUACUAUUGGAGGGUGACCAGAGAAAAAUACAUAAAUGCUGCAUUUGAGAGGAAAAAUCUUGCCAUCAAUUGGACAUUUGUUCCCCGAUCGCAUUUGUCUGAUUUAUAUCCCAGUGACUUUGAAGUAAUUCAAACCACGAUUCCCAAUGUUACAGAUAUUUUAAAAUUACAUCCAGCAAUUAGAGAUGUAAAUCAGCAAAAUAUAAUUACCCGAGAUUUGAAAUAUACUCCCCAAAGGAAUCAGACUUCUGUGGACUAUCAAUCACGCCAUUUGUUGGGUGUAGUUCCAGGCCACAUAACAGACUUGUUACAUGUACGUGAUCUAUGGAAUCGUGGCAUAACUGGCAAGGGUAUUAAGGUAGCUGUCUUUGAUACGGGGCUACCCAAACAUCAUCCCCAUUUCCGUAAUGUCAAGGAAAGAACAAAUUGGACCAAUGAAAAGUCUUUGGACGAUGGUGUAAGUCAUGGCACAUUUGUGGCUGGGGUCAUAGCCUCUUCCAAGGAAUGUUUGGGCAUUGCCCCAGAUGUUGAGCUUCACAUUUUUAGGGUGUGCACAAACAUACAGGUAUCGUAUACCUCAUGGUUUUUGGAUGCCUUCAAUUAUGCCAUGUUCCGCAAGAUAAAUGUUUUGAAUUUAAGCAUUGGUGGCCCGGAUUUUAUGGAUCGUCCGUUUGUAGACAAAGUUCUGGAAUUGUCUGCAAAUAAAAUCAUAAUGAUAUCCGCCAUUGGUAAUGAUGGGCCGCUUUAUGGCACCCUAAACAACCCGGGAGAUCAAAGUGAUGUUAUUGGGGUUGGAGGUAUUAACUCGGAUGACAUGGUGGCCAAAUUUAGUUCUAGGGGUAUGACCACAUGGGAGUUGCCCAGGGGUUAUGGCCGUGUGAAACCAGAUAUUGUCACCUAUGGUAGUCAUGUAAAGGGUAGCAAUUUAAAUGGUGGCUGUAGAUCAUUGUCGGGUACUUCAGUGGCCUCACCGGUUGUUGCUGGAGCUGUGGCCUUGAUUUUAAGUGGAGCCUUACCAAAAUUGCCCUUGGUUAAUCCAGCUUCUGUUAAACAAAUACUGGCCGAAGGAGCAACUAAACUGAAGCAUAACAAUAUUUUCGAACAGGGUCAUGGCAAGUUGAAUGUAUCGAAGAGCAUGAAUCUGUUGUUGGCAUAUGAACCCAAAAUUACCCUAAGUCCAGCUUAUAUGGACUACACAGAUCCUUAUAUGUGGCCUUACAGCUCACAGCCAAUGUAUUGUGGAUCGAUGGCCUCAAUUAUAAAUGUUACCAUUUGGAAUGGUUGGUCAGUUAGAGGCAAGAUUCUAGAGGAACCACAAUGGCAUCCCAAUUUGGAAGAAAAUGGUGAAAUUUUGAAAGUUGACAUUUCAUAUUCUCCUCUGCUGUGGCCCUGGUCUGGCUGGAUGGCCGUUAAGAUAAAAGUUAAAGACAUAGAUUGUCUAUAUGAAGGAGAAGCUGAAGGCUCCGUGAGCCUGAGUGUUGAAACAGCGGGGCGUAAUGAAACCAUACAUUUUCCUAUCAAAGUUAAAAUAUCACCAAAACCACCCAGGCAUAAACGAAUAUUAUGGGAUCAAUAUCAUAAUAUACAAUAUCCACCGGGGUAUAUACCCAGAGACAAUCUGAAAAUUAAAACAGAUCCCCUGGAUUGGAGGGGCGAUCAUUUGCACACCAAUUUUCGUGACAUGUAUCAUCAUCUGCGAAAUCAUGGUUAUUACAUUGAUGUCUUGGGUAUGCCCUUCACCUGCUUUAAUGCCUCCGAAUAUGGUACAUUGUUAAUUGUGGAUCCCGAAGAGGAAUUCUUUGAUGAGGAAAUUCAAAAACUGCAGGAAGAUGUAUACGAUCAUGGACUGGGGCUAAUUAUAUUUGCCGAUUGGUAUAACACCACCGUAAUGCGAAACAUGAAGUUUUUUGAUGAAAAUACCAGGGAGUGGUGGUUGCCUGACACGGGUGGCACAAAUGUUCCGGCCCUAAAUGAUCUGCUGGAGGGAUUUGGCAUUUCAUUAAGUGAUGACAUUGCUGAAGGUUAUUACGAGCUGGGCGAUCAUCAGGUCUAUUAUGCCAGUGGUACAACGCUAAAUACAUUUCCCCGCAACAAGGAAAAUAUUGUUAUAUCUGCUCGCCUCACUGACCAGGCUAAUGAAGUAAUUAAGAAGAAAUCAGACAACACUCAAGAACAGAAAAUACACAACACUUAUCCCAUAUUGGGACUGUUUCAAAUGCACGAAAAUCAAAGGUCAACCAUGAAAAUAUCCUCUGACCUGGUUACGCUAGAAUUAUUAGAGGAUGAAAAUGAUUUAAAUGACACCCACAAUCAUUCCGACUACAAUUCAGUUCUGAAUAAGAGAGUUCUGCUAGAGAAAAAAAUACUGAAAAGUGGACAAAUUGAAAUACAAAACAAAGACAAGAAUAAAAAACAAGCUCUGUAUUUAAUCAAUGAAAGUCUCAACAAAAAGGAGACCAAAGAAGGUCGUAUCGCCAUUAUGGGUGAUUCCAAUUGUAUCGAUUCAACGCAUGCUGAAAAACCUUGCAUGUGGCUCUUGGAUGCUCUUCUCGCGUAUACAAUGAAUUCUCAUGUAGCCUCGAUGUUCAAUAAACUUAAUAGCAUGGAAUCGUAUAGAAAUAGUAAGGAUUGGGAGCUCCGCCGAUCAAGUCCAAAGAGAUUGAAAAGUUCGAAAUUGUAUAGAUACUCAAAAGUUUUACAUCCAAAGGAUAAAUUUAGAAAAAGACAAUUGGAAGUGUGUUGAUUUUAUUUUUAUACACAUGCAGUAGUGUUUAAGAUAACAAUUAAGAAUUCGAAGAUUCGGAUGAAAAAAUGUAGAGCCUUUUUAUACAUGAAAUUUAACAAGUAAUGGAAUACUUGAAAUCAAAUUGUAUACGAAAUAAAA